CUUUGUUUCCUAGCUAUCUCUCUCAUCAUGCAAGAACCCGCAGAGUCCAGAAAAUGGGAGCGCAAAACAACCGCUGUGCUCAAAGCCUCAGCAGCCGAAAAAGUUUGGCCUCUCUUGGCUGAUUUCUGCAACUUACACAAAAUCUUCCCCAAACUAGCCACAUGUUACCAAGUCGAGGGAGUUUCCGGCCAACCGGGUCUGAUCCGGUACUGUGAAACUCCUCCUACCAAUCCCGCUGAUGAGUCGACCGUCAAGUGGGUCAAGGAGAAGCUACUGAUGAUUGAUCCAAUCAAAUGGUGCAUAAGCUAUGAGAUCAUUGAGAAUAACAUGGGGUUUCACUCUUACGUUGCUACCAUGCAAGUAGUGCCUACAAACGACAUUGAUCAGGAUGGUGUUUACGGGUGCAAGAUAGAUUGGUCUGUAGUUUGUGAUCCGGUCGAUGGAUGGAGAUCUGAAAAUCUUCAGGAGUUUCUUGAGUCUAAUCUUCAAUUGGUUGCAAAAACAAUGGAGCAUGCUCUUCUAUCUACUUAA